AUGCUGUUAGGACGUGCCUUUCGUCCAUUCGGUGUAAUAGUUAUGCCUGUCCGCAAUAAUUGCCCAUGGCAUCGAAGUAACUGGCGACCAGUGUAUUUUCCUUUCUUGGUUAAACAUAAACUUAAACACAAUACGCCUGAAGCGCUGAUGAAGUCACGAAAUGGUCGUUGCCUCUUAAUGCGAAGGAUUUUGCGAGAGAAGCCGUUUCUUGGCUGGAACCAUCAGUGCACUCCCCGUGAAGAGCGGCCGCAUUAUCCCUUAUAA